AUGGUGGCUGUUUCCGGUUAUGCGAUAGAUCAGCAAAUCUCCUCCGAAUCAGAUGAGGCAGCUCUGCAAGUGCUACACGGUUUCCGGAUGCGUCUGGCCGCGGAAGGAAAAAUCUUCACAUCCAAAGAUCUAUCGAUGAGUGCAUUGGACGAGCUUGCAGUGCUCCAGUUACUUCCGAACGUUAUCAGCCACGUGCGAAUGGACACUCUUUCGCCCCUGGAACGCGAUGCAUUCGAGCACAUUUACGGCAGCAUCUGGGAGUUGAUCGUGGAGGAGGCCCAUCGUCAUCGAGGCCAACAGCGAAAUGCAAUUUUGGGGGCGCUUCUGGCCUCUCCCGAAAUACGCAACGCCCCGACCGCCAUUCGGCACGAAUCAAACAACGAAAUCAAGCACAACUCCAUUUCGAAGGUGUUCAAAACGUCCACGGUUGCGCCAGUCUCUCGUGGCUUCGAAAAAGCUUCCUCCGAGCGAGUCCUAGACAUGGCUGCGGCGAUCGUACGGAAGUACUACCUCCGCAAAGCAAAGUCAGCUCCAUUGGAACGACGAAAGCUUGUGAAACCCCGUCGAUCUGAUCGUCUCCAAAGCACCGAUGGGCAUGCUAGGCAGCUUUCUCCCAACGCGAUCCGUGUGACGAUAGAGCUGCCUCGAUUCAAGCGCUCCAUCAUCCAGCAUCCGAAGCGAAUCAACAACGCCGUUGAGGAAGAGGAUGACCCCGAGAUGGAGGCGAAAAUUCUUGCCGCCAUUCAAGCGCAGAUCGGUAAUCCCAGCCUUGAGGAGGAUGACGAAGAGGAAGAAGAUGAACACGAGCGCGCUCUGCUGGAGGAGGAUUCAUCCGAGUACUUGGAUGACGAAGCCGAAUAUUUGGGUGUCCUGGGUGAUGAUGAUGAUGAUGACGACGAUGACGACGACGAUGAUGAUGACGAUGAUGAGGCUGGGAAUGAGCUAGACUUGGGUCAUAUUAGGCCCGGACUGUUCACAGCAAAUACGCACGAUUUAGAGAAUCCAUCGUUCAAUGAGCUGCUGUUGUUGGCUGCGCGGCAUAGAGCUACUCAGGAGCAGCGGCGGAAACAGCAGCACAAUUUAGCACAUCGGAGGAUCUCGUCAUCCGUACAUAGCAGCUACGAGGACUAUUAA